UUUUUAUAAUAUUAUCAUGAAUAAGGGAAUCUACUUCCUACAAGCAAUGGCGCUUUGGAGCUGCAGGCAAAGAGUGACAGCGUAGUGAGCCGAGAUGGGUUGGGCUAUAGCUAUACACGGCGGCGCCGGCGACAUCCCACUUUCGCUACCGCCGGAGCAGCGCCAGCCUCGAGAAGAAGCCCUCCAGCACUGCCUGAAGAUCGGGGUUGAGGCUCUUCAAGCCGAGAUGCAUCCAUUGGAUGUAGUAGAGCUUGUGGUUCGUGAAUUAGAAAAUAUUCCACACUUUAAUGCGGGUAAGGGAUCUGUGCUGACGAACAAAGGUACAAUUGAAAUGGAAGCUUCAAUUAUGGAUGGUAGGACCAAAAAAUGUGGUGCUGUUUCUGGGCUCAAAACAGUUGUCAAUGCCAUUUCUUUAGCAAGAUUGGUUAUGGAGAAGACUCCUCACAUAUAUCUGGGGUUUGAUGGAGCAGAGGAAUUUGCAAAAGAACAGGGUGUUGAGACUGUAGAUUCUAGCCAUUUUGUUACUGCAGAAAAUGUUGAGAGACUACAGCAUGCACAAAAAGCCAACAUAGUCCAGAUUGAUUACAGUACACAACCCCUCCAAAACGGAACCAAAAAAGAAAAAGCAACAGUGGCUAACGGGGAUAGCCAACUAGGAACAGUGGGGUGUGUAGCUGUUGAUAGUAAUGGGAACCUAGCCUCUGCUACAUCCACUGGUGGACUAGUGAACAAAAUGGUUGGUCGAAUUGGUGACUCACCCAUCAUAGGUGGUGGCACAUAUGCUAACGAACUCUGUGCAGUCUCUGCAACAGGCAAAGGUGAAGCAAUACUACGUGCCACUGUUGCAAGAGAUGUUGCUGCAUUGAUGGAAUUCAAAGGGGUUUCUCUCAAAGAAGCUGCUAACUGUGUUGUGCAUGAACGCACACCAAAAGGUACUGUGGGCUUGGUUGCUGUGUCUGCUGCAGGAGAAGUUGCCAUGCCUUACAACACCACGGGCAUGUUCCGAGCAUGUGCCACAGAAGAUGGAUAUUCAGAGGUUGCAAUUUGGUCUGCUUCCUAGAUUUUGUCUUAAGGCACCUAUCUGUUUUCUGUGAUUCAUUUGUUCCAUAUUUCAAUCUUUCUGUUUAAUUGCAAACAGACAACAUUUGUUUCUACAUUUUGAAUGCUAUCAUUCAUUGUAGUUCGAAUUGGACAU